AUGUUCUUCUCCAGGGGAUCUUUCUGGAUCAGGGAUUGAAUCCGCAUCUCUUGCAUUGGCAGGCGGAUUCUUUACCACUGAGCCACCUGCGAAACCCCUCACUGUCCAAUACCUGUGGCUUAUUGCUCUUGUUGUUGCUAUGAUCUCCCCUCAGAGCCUCUUGACCAGUGGGCUUUUCUUUCCAUCUUAAAAUGUAAGAUGGUUCCCUUUCCAUGGGACCCUUGUACUUCGAAUUAAUUGCAGACGCAAGGGCCCUUCUCCAGAAAUGUCCCUCCAUUCUGCCACAUCUCAGAUUACCAUCCUUUGUCUCCUUCUCUUUAUUAGCUCCAGAGGUGCCCAGACAGGCUGCUUCCUUUUUCUCCCAAGCCUCUUCCCAAACUCCUGCUCUGUUAAAGGACCCUAGAGCUUCAGGGCCCGCAAUGCUCCGGGAACCAGGCAGGGUGAAGCACACCGUUGUGUCCUCUGCCCCAGUUUACACGGAGGAGCUCAGGCAGGGGCUGUGCCUCCAGGAGGUGGUGGAUCUGGGAUUCUGUGCUUUUCUCACUUCAUUUUGGUUUCGUAAGUUGUGAUAACAGAUCUUCGCUCUAUCUGAGAAGCCUGACAUCGCAUUUUCCGUUAUAAUCCUCUCUCAUCCUCUCUGAAUUCUCGGGUUCAGCUGUCUCUCCUUCUCUAAUUGGCUGGGCCUGUGUCUCCUCUCUGAUCCCCUGCACUGCGUGGGUUCUCUCUUGAUUUCUGAUUAUUUGAUAGUUGGCCUUUUCACCCUCUUAGAUUUUCAGGAAUUUGAAGGUAGCAAUGCCCUCUUUUCUGUUUCUUCUUCUUCCAACCUGAUGAAGGACGUACUAAAUCGGUGCUUUUUGACCAAAAGUUCAGGAGCAGAUCCUACUCCUAGGACUUGAAGAUCUUCAGCUGUUUUCUGACACACAACUAGGUGCUUGUGGAUAAUUUCCACAAAUAGUUUCUUGUGACUUCUUACUCUCUCAUUUAACAAUGUGAUGUAAAUAGUCUACCAGGAGUUAAUUUUUGGGUAAUGAACCAAGAAGAUCAUGUCUGAAGUACAAGGAACAGUUGAGUUUUCUGUAGAGCUACAUAAAUUUUAUAAUGUGGAUCUGUUUCAGAGAGGGUAUUAUCAGAUCCGAGUGACCUUGAAGGUGUCCUCAAGGAUCCCCCACAGACUGAGCGCCUCCAUCGUUGGGCAGACAGACAGCAGCAGCCCACACUCAGCCUGCGUCCACGACAGCACCGUGCGCAGCCGGGUCUUCCAGAUCUUAUACAGGAAUGAGGAAGUGCCCAUCAAUGAUGCCGUGAUCUUCCGAGCUCAUCUGCUCUUAGACGGUGAAAGGGUGGAAGAAGCGGUGAGUGAAGUCGAUUUCCAGCUCAAGGUGGAUUUGCACUUUACGGACAGUGAACAACAGCUGAGGGACAUGGCCGGGGUCCCCGUGAUCAGCAGCCGCGUGCUAGGCCUGCACUUCCACCCCCGGAGAGGCCUGCAUCACCAGGUGCCCGUCAUGUUCGACUAUUUCCACCUGUCGGUGAUCUCGGUGACCAUCCACGCCGCCCUGGUGGCCCUGCAGCAGCCGCUGAUCAGUUUUACUCGCCCAGGAAGAGGCUCCUGGCUUGGGAAAGGCGGCCCAGACACAGGACCAGAGCAGUCUAGCCUUUCCCUGGAAAACCUGGUCUUCGGAGCUGGAUACUGCAAGCCGACCUCCUCAGAGGGGAGCUUCUACGUGCCCUCUGAGAACUGCAUGCAGCAUGCUUACAAGUGGCACCGGGAGCUGUGCUUCCUGCUCUUGCAGGCCUACCGGGGACUGCGUGCCUACUUCCUGACCAUCCUGAGGGACAUCCCCGAGCUGCCGCGCAUGGAGCUGGAGUCACUUGCUGUUGAAGAAACACUCUCUCAGCUGUGCUCAGAGCUGCAGAUGUUGAAUAACCCAGAGAAGAUAGCUGAGCAGAUAAGUAAGGAUCUCGCCUGGCUGGCCUCCCACCUGAUGGCCCUGUGGACCCAGUUCCUGGACACAGUGACGCUGCACUCCCAAGUGACCACUUAUCUCACCCAGGAGCAUCACACCUUGCGGGUCCGAAGGUUUUCUGAGGCCUUCUUUUAUAUGGAGCACCAAAAACUUGCAGUCCUGACUUUUCAGGAAAACCUGAUCCAGACCCACAGCCAGCUGUCCCUGGAUAUACGGAAUUCAGAGUACCUCACCACCAUGCCCCCGCUGCCCGCAGAGUGCUUGGACAUUGACGGAGACUGGAACACCUUGCCCGUUAUCUUCGAGGACAGAUAUGUGGACUGCCCAGCCACAGGAUGUAAUUUGAAUAUUUACCCUAAUUUUGAUGUUCCAGCAACAAGUCCAGCAAUAAUGAACCUAAACAACAGAGAGGAGAACCUUGUUGUAAAUAGAAAAUCACCUCUGAGGGAAAACCUAGUCUUGGCCCCCAUGAAACCAUCCCCCACAGACUCUCAUGAGGAGGUUAUUAGGUGUCCAGGGCCCAGUAAGAAUGUCGCCACACCCAGUCAUACGGACGUGUGCUUUGAAUCUCAGGUGUAUCUGACAGUUGGUGAAUUCCAGAGCAAGGCAGGUGUGCCUGAAGUUGACCAUCGGACUGGCCCAAGGUCUGAUGUUGGGGGGCAUCUGCUGGCAGAUGAGGAUCUGCCCAGGAGGAGCCCUGGUCCAGAGGAUGGCCAGGCCCCAGUGCUGACCUACAUUGAUGUGAAAUCUAGCAAUAAGAACCCCUUCAGAGCAGAACCCACAGUGCUCACUGGUGCCCAGCACGAGAGUGGGUGCUCCAGAGCCAAGCACGAAUUAGGCAGAACUGAGCGAAGCAAAGGGGUAGCCGGUGGAAGUCAUCACUGUGCCGUCUCUUCAGAGAAAACCACCCUGCAUGAGUUAAGUAGUCUAGGAAAGGGGGUGGACCAAGGGAGCAAGAUGGUGCUGCUGAGUCUGAAGGUCACCUCCUCAGAGCCCUGCGAGCCUCUGAACUCUUCUUUGAGGGACCCCUUGGACGUCAAGGGUUUGGCAAAGGACCUUCACGUAGAGGAGAAGGAGGAAGUGUGUGUCCUCUCUGGGGUCAUCAAGAGAUCUGCUUCCAUCAUCUCCGACUCAGGCAUUGAGAGUGAGCCAAGCUCCGUCGCCUGGUCCGAGGCUCGCAGCAGAACCCUGGAGCUACCCAGUGACCGGGACUUCUUGCACCAGCUGGUCCGAAGACACGCCCUGCAUAGAAACUCCCUGGAAGGGGGGCACACCGAGAGCAACACGAGCUUGCCGAGCGGGAUCCAGGCCUCCCUCACGUCCAUUAGCUCUUUGCCUUUUGAGGAGGAGGAGCGGGAACUGGCACUCACGAAGCUGACCAAGUCAGUGUCCGCCCCCCAGAUCAGUAGCCCUGAGGAGUCUGCUGAAGAUGCGGACUCCACGCAGCAUGGGGGAGGUCCCUCUGAAACUUCAGCUGUGCCCACUCAGAGUACCAACCCCUCAGGAUGCCACCUUCGACCCAGCGAUGGCCCCGCAAUCCAGGAAGCUGGGGUCAACCAUGGCCUUGUGGAGGAAGUCUCAGAUGCUGACAACCUGCAGGGCCCCGGUUACAUAGAUAUCCCCAAAGGUCAAGAGGAUCAGUUUGACCCCCAAGGCCCUUGUUAUCUGGAUGGCAGGACUGACCACCCUCCAGGUGUUGAAACCAAAGGUCUGGGUUUAAAAGUACCACGCCUCCUCGGACUUGAAUCACCUGGGCACAGAGUUUUGCCCAGAGAACUCGUGGAGACCCCGAAAGGCAUGCCUGGAGACUCCGAUGUGGGGACAGGAGCUCCUCUCGACAGCGGCAUGUUGGACGUUGAGAGUUUCACCCACCCCAAGGUGCCUGAAGUGAGCUGUGCACCAGCUGCCAAAACCAUCGACGUAGAUUCUGCAGGUGAGCAAAGCAGCUCCCUUAGCAUCACAGAGGAUACGGCACCGAGCAGAGGAGCUGACACCUUCCCAGAGGAUGACCGUGAAGCAGGCGCGGGCUCCACUGUGACUCAGUCCGUUCCCUCCCAGGUUAUGGGAAACCAGGAGCCCAGGGCAGGCACCUCCAUCAUGCUGUCCCACUUGACCUCUGCAGAGAGCUUCUCUCUGGACAGCCUGAAAGCUGUCGAGGUUGUCAACCUGUCUGUGUCUUGCACUGCCACCUGUCUCCCUUUCUCGUCUGUGCCCAAGGAGACCCCUGCCAGGGCUGGAUUCUCUUCCAAACAGACCCCGUUCCCCAUCACUCAUCAACCUUUGGGCUCCUUUGGAGUCGUUCCUAACCAUUCCAGAAAGCUGGAGGAGGAAGUCAGCGAAAGGAUGUUCAGUUUUUAUCAGGCCAAAGAGAAAUUUAAAAAAGAGCUGAAGAUUGAUGGAUUUCUGUACAGUGACUUAUCUGUACUAGCUUCUGACAUACCGUAUUUCCCACCAGAGGAAGAGGAAGAAAAUUUGGAAGAUGGGAUUCACCUGGUAGUCUGUGUCCAUGGCCUGGAUGGGAACAGUGCAGACCUCCGGCUGGUAAAGACUUUCAUAGAACUGGGGCUCCCCGGAGGAAAACUGGAUUUCCUCAUGUCUGAGAAGAAUCAGAUGGACACGUUUGCGGAUUUUGAUACCAUGACCGAUCGGUUACUGGAUGAAAUCAUUCAGCACAUCCAGUUGUACAACCUCUCCAUAUCGAGAAUUAGCUUCAUCGGCCAUUCUCUCGGCAACAUCAUCAUUCGAUCGGUCCUCACGCGGCCUCGGUUCCGGUAUUACCUCAACAAACUCCACACCUUCCUGUCACUGUCUGGGCCCCACCUGGGGACCCUGUACAACAACAGUGCCCUGGUCAGCACAGGUUUGUGGCUCAUGCAGAAACUGAAGAAAUCCGGGUCACUUUUGCAGCUGACCUUCAGGGAUAAUGCUGAUCUGCGCAAAUGUUUCCUCUACCAACUAAGCCAAAAGACAGGUCUGCAGUAUUUUAAAAACGUUGUGCUGGUCGCUUCUCCCCAAGACCGCUACGUGCCCUUUCAUUCAGCCAGGAUCGAGAUGUGUAAGACCGCCCUCAGAGACAGACACACAGGCCCUGUUUAUGCGGAAAUGAUCAACAACCUUCUUCGCCCUCUGGUGGAUGCCAAGGACUGCACUUUGAUCCGACACAAUGUGUUCCACGCCUUGCCCAACACUGCCAACACCCUGAUUGGCCGAGCGGCUCACAUCGCUGUGCUGGACUCCGAGCUCUUCCUGGAGAAGUUCUUCUUGGUGGCGGGACUCAACUACUUCAAGUAGUGGCUUUGAGCGCGCGGGCCUUGGGGUGCUCACCAGAAACGUUUAAGAUCUGUGAGAGCUCUGGCUGAGACAUCCUUUUACAAACCUCUAUCAUUCCAGGGUUGAGCUCAGAGAGGAAGGCGCUGAGGGGUGGAGGGUGGGGUGGGACCGGACAUUCGAGGUACUUCCCUUUUCAGAGAGUUUGGGAAAGCUGAAUCGAUAGUGUCAAAGACAAGACUUUGCCCGAAUCUGUCUAGCCACCUGGAGUCUCAUUCAAGAUGCUUUCUAGCAAAAUUUGGAGAAAAUAAAGAAACAGAAUCCUUGGAGUUGGUGAGCCCACCUUCUCAACUCCCUACUGGCUCACAGAGAGAUAGCUCCAAGUUAACUAGGUUUGUUGGGUAUGUGACUAGUUCAUAGCUUUAUCUUUUUUGAUGCACUCAAGCAUUUCAGAACUCAGGUUAACCUCUGUGCAGAAGUGGAACAUAUUUGUGUAAAUAUAAUCCUCAAUUGAUUCAAAUGUGCCACUUGUUCAAGACCGUGUGAACCCAUAUUCUUAUGCUCUCCUCAUAUUUUCUCAACAAAGGACAAAGGAAUGCUUCAUAACCUCUUGUUUUAUUUCUUAACAGCAGCCGGUGGGGUGAUUUGAGGUAUAGAAUGAUGCUAUCGGAAGUUUGUUGCAGAGAAAAAGUUAACUGGUGAACUGGCUGCUCCACCUACUCCUCCAGACUUUUUCUAUGCAUAACCCUGGUUCACACAUAAUUUUUUGUGAUUGCUGACAUCUCUGUCUGUAGUAGGGAAAACAGACUGAGACUAACCCUAGCAGAAGGUGGCCCUUAAAUGAGCACACACCUGGUGAAGCUCCUGCUGAUACCCGUCCAAAGAGAUGCUAUGUUAGCAUUUGACGCACUCGCAAACAAAUGAAAACCAUCCACAUGGCCAGCUGCUUCUCCUCUCCAUGGAAGGGGAAAGACAUCUCAAUGGAGGAGUGCUGGAUUUAAAACCUCAGGGGGGGCUCUGAGAAGGGUGCUGGUUAUCUUUCACUAGAAAUGUCUUCUUGCCUUAGGAAAAUAAAGGGCUAGGGAAGGUUACCAUUGAUUCACACACACACACACACACACACACACAUGAGACAACAGGACAGAUGUGAGAUCAGAGAAAACAACAGCCAGGUUGGGGACUCAAAUUGUUAUUGGUAAGUGACUUAAGAGGGCUUUUGAAAAAUUACUGGAGUGUUUGAUAUGGUCCCAAAGACUGAGUAUGCGCUAUGGGCUAACAGAAGCCUGCAGGAUCAUUUAGUUGUAAUGAAGGAACACAUGAACAAGGACCAUAGGGAUCAUUAACACAGAAGACACGCCUUCUGCAGACAGAAGCUCCUCCCACUUCUGCAAAAGUUGCUUCUGAAACUGUAGAAACUCAUCUGGAACUAGACUCCUGGUCCCAGCACCUGGAUCAUAACCUUAGUGAUGCCCACCAAUGCCAUGGUAGUAAGCCAAGGAAUUCUCAGCUGAGACUUUCAGUUCCUCAGGUAUUAACAGUGUGACUUUGAAAACAUCGUAGUCCAUGGCAAUCAAGUCCAGGUAGACAACUUUGCAGGAGAGCAGACUGAGGCAUUUCUAAAGAAAGGAAAAACUGGAGAGGGGGUUGGAAAGACCUCCCACACAAGAGAUUUAGGGUCUCUGUGGGUCUUCUUCGAAAUCUCAUUGUAUCUUAGUCUUAACAUGUAUGGGAUAAGUAAUGCCUUGGGUCACUCUCCCACUGGGUAUUUUUCCCAGCUCUUCAUGGGCGUAGACUCUGGUUACUCAUGAACAUGACCAGUCUGCUGUAUGACCCAGAGCGGGUGUGGUUCCCACAGUGCAGCCUAUGAACUUACAGUUCCUUACAAGUGCCCAAGUGCAGGGCGGGACCAUGGUUUAUAGCAUCUUCUCCUUUUUGGCCAAAUAAGGAGCAUUUCAUGUUUGUUUUUCCUGUGCCCAUCAGCAAAGUUUGUCAUCCCCUGGUCAUUUGAAAGACCGUGCAGCCAGCGGCUAUGAACCCAGGGUGAAUCAAUGGCCGUCGUCUUUUCCAAUAACCAGAUGCCAUUUUUAACUUCAAUAUGCUGUCUGGACAUAGAACUAAUGGCAAUAAACAUCCAGCUGUGUGGUGCACCUCUUUUUUACAGGGGUGCUCUGCUGUCUUUGUAAACCCUCUCUGGCCUCUGAGCAUCUAUUAUAAUUGUGUAGAAAGUAUACAUCUCUAUAUUGUAAAUAAGAGCGUCCAGUGUUGCGUGUCAUGCCUCAUUUGAAAGGCUUUUUUAUGUCUCUUUCUAUCGAAGUAUAGACAUAUAGUAUAUAUAUAUAUACAUAAAUAUACAUAUAAUGUAAAACAGGGACAUUCUAUUAUUGACUAUAAAAUUAUAACAAAAUGCCUGCCAAGAUAAUAAUAGUAUGUCUUCAUUCUCAACAUAAUUUUUGUUUUUGUCUUUAUGAUUUGUUAAAUUUCUCAGAACUAGUUUAGAAGUAAAAAUGACUAAUGUUGAGAUGAAUGGAAUUCGUUGUUCAUGAGCCAGAUACACCCAGAGAAACGAAUGUGAAGCUAAAGUCACCUUGGGGCAAAAGUGAUACCUCCAUGGCAGGUUGAAAUCAGCUGCAGUGCUGUGUACCCGGGGAGCAGGUGGGGCAAGAAUGGAUUCCUAUUGGUUUCUGGAGUCCACAGGUAUUCACUGAGCAACUUCCACCUGUGCCAGGUGGGAGCACAGGGCUAAAAUGCAGAGUCUGUUUCCUCAGAGAAUGCAAGGAAGAUCUGGCCCUGUUAGUAAAGCAUGGUGUGACGAGGGCUUUGAUGAGACACAGGCAGGAUCAAGGGGAUUCUAGAAGUCUAGUCUUCAUUGCCUGGAGAAUAAGAAUGGGGCUUUCAAAGGGAGACCUAAAAAGGGUGAUACUGACCUUGCACAGCCUGUUACCACCAAGUGCAUGCAUUCAUCAAUUCAUUUAUUCAUUCAUUCAAAAAACACAUCUCGAGGGCUUACCGUGUGCCGGGAAUGUAUUGGUAAGAUUCAGUAGUUCAUAGUUUAGCAAGGAAUACAGCCAAUCAGAUGGGAAGUUAGAGCAGGCAGGCCCCAGGGAGGUGGCAGGGAUCUGAUGGCGGCUUAGAGGAGGGACCCUGCGGAUGUAGGGUGGUGUGUGAUCAGAAGGGGCCUCGUGGAAGAUUCCAUGUCUACACCUAGACACCAGGCUGAAGAAGAGUUGGCUGGGUGGAGGGUGGGUUGUGGGGACCCUCAGGGAGUAAACAGGGUAAGUAAGAGGUUUCAUAUGAGAGAGAGCUGAGAGCCUUUGUUAUACUGGUCAGGCAGAUGGAGUCAGUUUUGGUACAAGAAAGGAUGUGUAGGGAGUUAGCCACCAUGGGGGAUUGCUUUCUUAUAUCAGGAAGGAAUUUCCAUCAUUAACACUAGUAGGGAAAUUUCUGCUCAGUAAGGAAGGUCCCACGAGAAACCAGAGUUCACACCUGUAAUCACGUCUCUCUCCAGGGUUAUUGAACUGAAAGCGUUAUCUUAGGUAUUUUGCUGUAUGCUGUUGUUUAGUUGCUAAGUCAUGUCCAACUCUUUUGCAACCCCAUGAACUGUGGCUCACCAGGCUCCUCUGUCCGUAGGAUUUCCCAGGCAAGAAUACUGGAGUGGGUUACCAUUUCCUUCUACAAGGGGUCUUUCCUUCCCAGAUAAUGAACCUGUCUCUCCUGCAUUGGUAGGUGAAUUCUUUACCAUUGAGCCACCAGGGAGGCUAUUCUUAGGUAUUUACAAGCCCCCAAUUGAGGGCUUCCCUGGUGGCUCAGCUGGUUAAGAAUCCGCCUGGAAUGAGGGAGACCUGGGUUUGAUUCCCGGGUUGGGAAGAUCCCCUGGAGAA